CUGGGGGCCAUGAGCGGUCAGCAGAGCACACCUAUGGGUUCCCCUGCCCUGGGGCCUCCAGAGGAGGCUCCGGACGGCGGUGGACCGGACUACAGGGACAGUCACCCGGAGCUGGACAGCUCUGACUUGGACUCGGCUCAGGCCCUGUCGUGGAGGAAGCUGUACCUGAGCCGUGCCAAGCUGAAGGCGUCCAGCAAGACCUCCGCACUGCUCUCCGGCUUCGCCAUGGUAGCCAUGGUGGAGGUCCAGCUGGAGGUGGACUACUGUUACCCCCCCGUUCUGCUCAUCGCCUUCAGCGUGUGCACCACUGUGCUGGUGGCCGUGCACCUCUUCGCCCUCCUCAUCAGCACCUGCAUCCUGCCCAACGUGGAGGCGGUCAGCAACAUCCACAACCUCAACUCGGUCAGCGAGUCCCCCCACGAGCGCAUGCACCACUACAUCGAGCUGGCGUGGGGCUUCUCCACGGCUCUGGGCAUCCUGCUGUUUCUGGCCGAGGUGGUGCUCCUCUGCUGGGUCAAGUUCCUGCCCGUGGACUCGGGCGGGGCUAAAAGCCGGACCUCCUGCAGCAACGGAGCGGCCGGCCCCGUCCCGUACAGCGGCUGGCAGGCGGCGCUGGCCUCCACCAUCAUCAUGGUGCCGGUGGGCGUCAUCUUCGUGGUCUUCACCGUUCACUUCUACCGCUCGCUGGUGCGCCACAAGACGGAGCGCCACCGCCAGGAGAUCGAGGAGCUCCACAAGAUAAAGGUGCAGCUGGACGGCCACGAGAGGGGCCUCCAGAACGUGUGA